UACGUUACUUCCUGCAGACACAGAACGUCGAGUUUGACACCGCGGAAGGAGACGACGACAAAAACCGAGAGUGUCAGGUCGGAGCCGGUCCGUGCAGUGAUUUCACAAACACACACACACACACACACAGACACACACGUCGCUACGCUUCUGGAAAUGGUCCGGACACUCGCUUCUUAUACAGGUGAGUGAGAGGUUUUUCUGCCCAGCUUUGGCUUGGUUUCCAUCAUGGCAGGAGAUCUCUACAGCCCCCCGUCCCCACUGGGGGACUCUCUCCUGGGCAGUCCUCUGUGUGGAGAGCUGAUGGAGGACCUUCAGGACAUCUCCCAGACUAUGAGAGACAACACGCUGGGGUUUGAUUACCCAGAAUACCAGAGCACCGGCUCAGGGUCGGAGAGCUCCACCGCCUUGGACACCUUGACUCCAGCCUCCAGUCCAUCUUCUGGAGGGGGUGGAGCCGCCCCAGGGCCCGAGGAAGGUCUCAACCUGGAGUGUCGAGUGUGUUCAGACAAGGCUUCGGGCUUCCACUACGGGGUACACGCAUGUGAGGGCUGCAAGGGUUUCUUCAGAAGGACCAUCAGGCUGAAGCUGGAAUACGACAAGUGUGAACGCAACUGCAAAAUCCAGAAGAAGAACCGCAACAAGUGCCAGUACUGCAGGUUCCACAAGUGCCUCGCUGUGGGCAUGUCCCACAAUGCCAUUCGGUUUGGUCGCAUGCCGCAGGCAGAGAAGCUGAAGCUCAAGGCAGAAAGCAAGAUGGUGGAGAAAGAGCAAGAGAGCCCCAUGCUGGCCGACCACAAGAUCCUGGUCAGGCAGAUCCACGAUGCCUACAUGAAGAACUUCAACAUGAACAAAGCCAAAGCACGACUCGUACUCACUGGAAAGACCAGCAAACCGCCUCUCAUCAUCCACGACAUGGAGACAUUCCAGCUGGCGGAGAGGACAUUAGCGGUUCAUAUGAUAAGCGAUGACCUCUCGGAUGCCGAGAGCGGCCCUCAGCCCGGAGAUGUGUUUCCAGGUGUGGGCUGUGGAGAGCUCCAGCAGAGGGAGGCUGAAGCUCGGCUCUUCCACUGCUGCCAGAGCACCUCAGUGGAGACGGUCACGGAGCUGACAGAGUUCGCUAAAGCAGUGCCAGGUUUCCAGAGCCUGGAUCUGAAUGAUCAGGUGACUCUAUUAAAGUACGGUGUGUAUGAAGCACUUUUCACGCUCCUCGCCUCCUGCAUGAACAAAGACGGCCUCCUGGUGGCCCGAGGCGGAGGAUUCAUCACACGCGAAUUCCUCAAAAGCCUCCGCCGUCCGUUGAGCGACAUGAUGGAGCCCAAAUUCCAGUUUGCCACGCGGUUCAACUCUCUGGAGCUGGACGACAGCGACCUGGCCCUUUUCGUGGCCACCAUCAUCUGCUGUGGAGAUCGUCCAGGCCUGGUGGACGUACCUCUCGUGGAGCAGCUGCAGGAAAGCAUCGUGCAUGCGCUACAGCUCCACCUGCUGGCCAACCACCCCGACAACACCUUUCUCUUCCCAAGACUCCUGCAGAAACUGGCCGACCUCCGCGCGCUGGUAACCGAGCACGCUCAGUUGGUGCAGGAAAUCAAAACAUUGGAGGAGACAUCGCUGCACCCUCUCCUGCAGGAGAUAUACAGGGACAUGUACUGAGGAGUGAGUGCGAACAAAAACAUUCAAAUGUUUCAAAAUGUCGAUUUUAUAGCAGUACAGAGACACACAGUGCACAACGUGAACCGUUGCGCUCGUGCAUAUCGAAUGUACUGUAAGUAACUUACUGUGCAGAGUCUAUGAACAUGCACCGCUGUGACCAUGUGACGACAUCUGUAACAAAGUCAAAGUGACGUUCCUUUCAGGCGGAGUGGCAGCUCUUGUGCUGGACCUGAGUGUCGCCAUGAAAGAGGGACAUGGUGGAGAACGGAGUUGGGAACCAUUUGCAUUUGGAUUAGAUCCUGGAUGCC